UUUAUCUUGCAAAAAACAAAUGAAGAUCAGUUCUAUUCUGUUCUUUGCUCUUGUUACUAUACCAUACCAACAGUGAAGAACGAAGUGAAUUUCACAUAUCAUUAGUAUCAGUAUCAAUAUUCCCAGCUCUUGCAUAGCAAAAUUGCCAGAUUUUAAAAGUACAUAUAUUACUACAGUCUGUGAAAUCAAUAUCCUACGACAUCUUGCAGUAACUUGCCUUAUGCAAUUAAGCGAAUAACUUGUAGAAAUUAAUUAUGAAUGUGUAUUGCACUCAUCCCAUGCCGUUUCCUCACUGUGCCUCUCCCGUGUUAAAACCAUACACUGUACAUACAGUUUUUAUACAGUCUGUGAGUAAGGCGUGUGUUUGCUGCCCUCUAGCGUUACUUUUAGGAAAAGUGAUGACGUUUCACGUGCGACUCUUGUUGCGACAGCCACGCGACAGUGGCCGUAGGUUGUUGCUGCCUUCGGAGUUGUGGGCAUGGUCAAAUUAUGAUCAAGUGGUUAUCUAAGCCAGCCUGACUGAGUUUCUUUGUUUUUUACGACAUACGAGAGCGGCGCAUUCAGCGGCGCAGUGGAGAAGCUCACAAAGGUAAAGCUUCGGCUCUUCCUGAUAUUUCUUCUGCCCAUGUCGUGCGUGAGAGAGCGCAGCAGCACUGCCAUGUAGUGAUCCCAGAAUGAGCGGUCAGCACACGCACACAGAUGGGACAGACGACUACACUGUGCAGCAGGAGAAUGAGCUAGAGGCUCUCGCGUCUAUAUUUGGAGAUGACUUUCAGGAUCUCCGCAAUAAAGACCCGUGGAAGGUUAAAAGGCCUCCAGAGGUACACCUUUGCCUACGUCCCAACGGGUUGAAUCACAAACAGGAAUGCUACGUGACCGUGGACCUGCUGGUUAAAUGCCCAGCAACAUACCCAGAUCUGCCUCCAGAGCUGGAGCUUAAAAAUGCCAAAGGUCUCUCAAAUGAAAUCCUCCAAAACCUUCAACGUGAAGUCACCAACUUGGCUGCUGCCCGUUGUGGUGAGGUGAUGAUUUAUGAACUAGCAGAUCACAUCCAGGGCUUUCUGAGUGAACACAACAAACCUCCAUCCAGCUCCUUCCAUGAAGAGAUGCUGAAAAACCAACGCAAACAGCAGGAGAAGAGGGCCCUGGAAGAGCAGCAGAGAAUGGACCAACAGCGGAGACAAGAGGAGGAAAUGGAAAAAGAAAUUAUGGCUGUAAUUCAAAAAAGAGAGGAUCAGAAACGAGAGGAAAAAAGAAGAAAAGAAAUGGCCAAACUGGAGCGGUUAGAAUCCAUUGAGCAGACAAAUGCUGCUAAAAGUGUUCUGGGUAGGAGUCCUCCGAGUCCUGUCACAUCUCCAACUGAUCUGUCAGAAAUCAAGAAAGGCAUUGCUAAUCGCCGUCGGACUACCUCAAACUCACGACAUAGGCGUGAUACAUUUGGUGAAGAUAACCAUAGAUCACAAGAACUCCUCCAUUUCAGCAGCACAACAUUUGGAGAACUUGCUGUUCAUAAAGGCAAACAUUUGGGUGUGAGUGAGAGGCUUGGCCGUAGUGUUCACUAUGGGUUUGAGGGGAACUCUGGCGACUUUGUGGUCAUCUAUGAGUGGUCGUUGAGGUGGAGCAAGAAAAUGGGCAAGUUCUUCACCAGUCAGGAGAAAGGAAAGAUCGAAAACUGUAAAAAGCAGAUCCAUGGAGCAGAAAAUGAGUUGAAUUCCCUGCUGCGGCUGGAGCAUCCAAACCUGGUACAUUACAUGGCUCUGAGCUCCACUGAAAAGGAGGACUGUAUUAUUAUUAAUCUUCUAGUGGAACAUGUAUCUGGGACCUGUUUGAACCAAGUUUUAAAGACACAAACACCUCUGUCUUUAGAUAAACUCUGCCUUUACACCGGCCAGUUGCUGUCUGCUCUGGAUUACCUCCACUGUAACUCUGUCGUUCAUAAGCAGCUGGGAGCAUCCAGUGUGAUUUUAGACUCAGAGGGAAAUGUGCGGUUGACUGAUUACAGCUUGUCUAAGAGAUUUGCUGACAUCUGCAAAGAAGACAUUUUUGAGCAAUCGCAUGUGCGUUUCUCUGAGGCCACUGCCAUGCCCACCAAGACGGGCAAAAAGGGGGACGUGUGGAAUCUGGGUCUGAUGCUGCUUAGUCUGAGUCAGGGAAAAGAGGUGACAGAGUACCCUGUGACUGUGCCCACCAGUCUGCCUGCUGACUUUCAAGACUUCCUUCAAAAGUGUUUGUGUCUGAAUGACGGUGAAAGGUGGACACCUCAGCAGCUCUUGGAACACUCUUUUCUAAAGCCUCCAUCUCCAAAAUUGUCUCCACACUGUCAGGAUGCAAGCCCUGAAGAUCUUGUGGACUUUGCAUCCACUGUUGUACCGCAGAGCCAUAUUCUGAAUGCUCCUUUUAGCUCAGGUGUGCAGAGGCAGUUUUCUCGCUACUUUAAUGAGUUUGAGGAGCUCCAGCUUCUUGGGAAAGGGGCCUUUGGUGCUGUUAUAAAGGUUCAAAACAAACUAGACGGCUGCUACUAUGCUGUGAAGCGUAUCCAGGUCAACCCAGCCAGCAAGCAGUUCAGGAGGAUUAAGGGCGAGGUGACCCUGCUGUCUCGCUUAAAUCAUGAAAACAUCGUCCGUUACUACAACGCGUGGAUCGAGAAACAUGAGAAACCAUCUGUAGGUGCACUGAGCAACACUGACAGCUCUGAGCCUCAAACACCUGAAAAGAAUCCUCAGGAAAAGAAGCUAACAAGGAAUGAGUUUGGACUAUUGGACAAUGUGGAGGACAUGGCGCCACCUCCUGCCCUGUCCAGUUCUGUCGAGUGGUCCACUUCCAUUGAGAAAUCUUCAAGCGCAAAGUGCAGUGGCCACCAGUCUAGUGAUGAAGAUGAUGAUGAUGAUGAGGAUGAUGAAGAUGUGUUUGGUGCCUCAUUUUUGCCAUCAGACAGUAGCUCCAGAAGUGAUAUCAUCUUUGACAAUGGGGAUGACAGCAUGGAUGAGAUGUCCCAGAUGGAGCAAAGCAAAAAGCCUACAGCUGACACAACAGAGAGCAUUGAUUCUGAUCGUUCCCUCCUCAUAGCACAUUACUUAUACAUACAGAUGGAGUACUGUGAGAAGAGCACCCUAAGAGACACAAUAGACCAUGAACUUUACUUGGACCAAACUCGGCUCUGGAGAUUGUUCAGGGAAAUACUGGACGGGUUGGCAUAUAUUCAUGAGCAAGGUAUGAUCCACAGAGACUUGAAGCCUGUCAACAUUUUCCUCGACUCUCAGGACCAUGUGAAAAUUGGGGACUUUGGACUGGCUACGGACCAUCCAGCUAAUGUGGCUGCUGCUAGUUUCAUAGCGGAUGAGAGUGGUGCAGCAACAAUACCCAAACCCGAUCCAACUGGAAACAUGACUGGCAUGGUCGGUACUGCCCUAUAUGUGAGCCCAGAGGUGCAAGGAAACACCAAAGCCACCUACAACCAAAAAGUUGAUCUGUUUAGCCUGGGUAUCAUCCUGUUUGAGAUGUCCUAUCGCCCAAUGACCACUGGAGCUGAACGCAUCACUGUCCUGAGCCAGCUGCGAGUGGAGCCCAUCACAUUUCCAGAAGAUUUCAAUCCAAAUAACCAAGGAACACAGAGGAAAGUGAUACAGUGGCUGCUAAACCAUGACCCUGCCUUUCGCCCCACUGCCCAAGAGCUGCUGAAAAGUGAACUAUUGCCCCCUUCCCAGAUGGAGGAGUCUGAGCUACAUGAGGUGUUGCAGCACACUAUGGCCAAUGUCAAUGGAAAGGCCUACCGCACCAUGGUGGGCCAGCUGUUUGCCCAGAACCCCACCCCCGUCAUGGACUUCACCUAUGAUAUAGAUCUGCAUAAGGGCAGCUUCAGCUUCACCGGUGCUAAAUUGCAGCAGUAUGUGUAUGAAACCAUCACCCGGAUCUUCAAGAAACACGGGGCGGUUCGUCUUCAGACUCCCAUGCUCCUACCACGUAACAGGAAGCUGUACGAAGGCAGUGAGCUGGCCUGCUUCAUGGACCAUAGCGGAAUGCUGGUUACGCUGCCCUUUGACCUCCGGAUGGCCUUUGCACGAUUUGUGGCACGCAAUAAUGUCACUCAACUGAAGAGGUACAGCAUUGAACGAGUGUUUCGCCCCAGAAAGCUGGACCGUGCCCACCCCAGGGAGCUUUUGGAGUGUGCUUUUGACAUAAUCACCACAGUCACAAACAGCCUGCUCCCUGAUGCAGAGACCAUCUAUACUGUUUAUGAAAUUAUUCAAGAGUUUCCUGCUCUUCAGGAAAGAAACUAUAAUAUCUACUUGAACCACACAAGCCUCCUGAAGGCCAUCCUGCUCCACAGUGGAAUCCCAGAGGACAAACUGAGCCAGGCCUCCAACAUACUCUGUGAUGCUAUGUCUGAGAAGCUGACCAAACGGGAAGUAGAGGCCAAAUUUUGUAACUUCUCCCUGUCAACCAACAGUCUGCAAACAUUAUACAAGUUCAUAGAGCAGAAGGGCAGUCUGCAGGACCUGGCCCCGCUGUUGGCACUGCUCACCAAACAGAAGACCGCUGUCACACAGCUGGCCAAGCAGGGUCUCAAGGACCUGGAGGAGCUCACUGUACUGCUCAACCGACUAGGGAUCAAAUUACCGGUUGUGAUCAACUUGGGAUUGGUGUACAAAGUUCAACAUCACUCUGGGAUCAUUUUCCAGUUUGUUGCCUUCAUUAGAAAGCGGAAAAGAACAGUCCCAGAUAUAGUGGCUGCUGGAGGCCGCUAUGAUCAUUUGAUUGUGGAGUUUCAAAGUUCGGCAUCCACAGCUCCAGUCACCUCUGCAGUGGGGGCCAGUGUAGCUCUGGACAAAGUGUGUGCUGCUAUGGCCAGCAUGGAGGAGCCACCCCCUAUAAGCUCAUGUGAUGCUUUAGUGGUUCCAGUUGGUCAUUCAUCUUUGUCCAGAGCCAUCAGUGUUGUCCAAAAACUGUGGAGCAUGGGUGUGUCUGCAGACCUCACCUAUGACGUCUCACAGUCUCAGGAAACUUUAAUGGACCAAUGCAGACUGGCUGGUAUCACCUGCAUGGCCAUGGUCUCUGACAAGGAAGGCAACUACGUGAAGGUGAAAUCAUUUGAGAAGGACAGACAGUCUGAGAAGAGAAUUCCAGAGAAUGACUUGGUGGACCACAUUGUUCAGAAAUGUCGGACCAAAUUCUUUGAAGAGCGAAACAUCAGGGAAAUCUCUGAAGGCAUGUCUCUCCCCAAUCCCAAAGGAUCACUGCUCAACACUACAGGAUCGUCAGAGCAACACUGUGGCAGCACUUCCGUAAAUCUAAAUGUGAAUGUCAUCAGCCCAGAAAAGGUUUCUGCAAGUGCCAGGCGACGUUAUGACACCCAGAUCCAAACCCGAUUACAGAAUCUCGGCAGCAAUUUACAGAACAAGAGCAAUGACAUUGAGGUUCUGGCGGUGGACCUGCAGAAGGAAACUCUGAUCUGCUUCCUGUCUCUGGAGUUUGACAGUGAGGAGCAGUUCAACAGCAGUGUGAAGACUCUCUUGUCUCGACUCCCAAAGCAGCGCUACCUGAAGUCCAUCUGUGAAGAGAUCCACCAUCUAAAGAUUACAAAGAAGUUGGCUGUGGUGGUUCUAUACAGCUACAAAGAUGACUACUACAAGAUCCUUCUUUAGAGCUGGGAGAGCUCCACUGUUCAGGAGAAUAUCAUGUAGUCAGCACUUCUGACACUGAAAGAGAGACCUAACAAAUUUCAAUCAUGGAGUCGAAGUCUGAGAGUUUGGUAACUGCACACGUAACUUUUUUAUUAGUCCUCAUCAUGAAAUGAAGUUAAGGACUUGCCUCAAAAGAACUGUAAAAUCAAGACAAGGGCUUGUGUGUUUAUGUAAGAUGUUUUAUAUUUGUAAUAAUGAGGAUGGUGAAACAAUACAUCCAAACUUUUUUGCUGUGAAUUUCAGUGUUUUCUAAAAGAAUGUGUGAGCCUUAUGCAAUGGGCUACAAAACCUCUAUUCUGGCAAUUAUGUUUCAAUCACAAUAGUACAUUAAGUGAAGUGACAGAUGCUCAAUAACAUCCUCAAAGUUUCCUAAAAAUAAUGUCAGUUGCACAGACACACCAUGGGCCAUUGUUGGUCUGAAGGCCUGGGAAGCUUCCUGAGUGUUUACUGAUCCUUCUGCAGAUAAUUCCUCACCUUCAACUUUAUGAGCGAACAUUGAGAAAUUGUCACUUUGCCAGUGUUGCUCUGCACAACAAUGUCUGUUUUUUUUAAACUGGCAUAAAUGAGUGAGUCAUUCAAACCUCAGACAAUGCCUUCUUUACCCCAGCACACAUCUGCCUUUUCAGAAGGGGAGAAAACCUCUUGUACGUUUGAGAUCUGACGUGAGUUUGGAGAGGACAAAUUCUUACUUAGAGCUUAAGGCCCAAUCCAGAUGUGUUUGUGACUAGUAGAAAUCACUUGCAGAUACCACUACAAUGACAUCAUGUAGUAAGAGUUUGCUGUUCCAAGUAUCACCAUUGUGGUCCUUUGGUUCACACAUUUAUUGGUCAAAAUGAGUGUAAACAUACAGUUCAUCAAGGCAAUGUAUUUACAUGGUUUACCGAGCAACACAAAUAAAUAAGGUUGAACAGAGGAAAGCGGAUAGAAAAGGAAAAUGGUCUAAAAUGUACAACAGCUUUGGCUACCAAAGGUCAUUUUCAAAGAAAACAAACUAUAGUUUAGUAUUAAUAAAUAAAGCUAUGUGAAAAAAUAAAUAAGGUACUCUGUUGUCUACUACUUUAAACUACUUUUUACACAGAGAAGCUUUUACUGUCGCCUCCAUUUAAAGCAAAAUGUCAUCAUUCAAAAAGACACAAGUCAACUACACUUCAGUAAAAACUGGUUGUCCAGUUUUCAGAGAAAAAGAAUAGAAACUGGCAAACUAUUGACGUGUGGAAUCCAAAGCUCUCUGUCCUUUCCGGUAUGGAGCAGACUGGUCAGAUCCGCUGUUCACUGGAGUGGUUUAACAUGUCCAUGUGCUUCAUAUGCUCUCAAAUCCCUGAUUAGGACCUUUAUCCUCACAAGAAUCCGCCAGUGGGCUUUCUAACAAAACACCUACAAGAAAAGUGCUAUAUCACUAAUACGCUGCAAUGUCUACCAUCACAUUUACCAACAAACAACCUUAUUUACCAACAUAUGACCUUAUUUCAUGUACAUUUUCACAACAAUAUUGUUUCAAAAUGGAAAGAACUUUAGACAAAGGAUGUUUUUUUUUUUUUAAAUGGUUUGGACAGUAACUUAAAACAUUUUAAGGCAAUCAAAUGAAGGCAUAACAUGGCAAACAUUCACUGAAUGGUAACUCCACCUUACACUUACCAAAUACAAGUAGUGAUGGGUGAUCAAUCAUAGUCAUAUACAGUCUAUGGUCAUGGCACAGUUGUGAAUGUACCUCAUUAGGAUUUUUUUCUACUAUAACUAUAACAUCAUGAAGCUUUUAAAUGCAAGAUGAACUGUGUGAGCCUUAAGCAUUUUCAAAGAACAAAUUGUAUGGUGUUUGACUUUGUACACGGAAUGACUUAAUGAAAAAUGUAAAACUAUAUAUAGAAUACGUGUCACUCCUAAAAUUGGUAAGGGGAAAUGUUUAGGCUGCCAUUUUCUCCCUGGCCCCACUGAGGCACCCAGAAUAAUAAAAGAGAAGGCCAAGAACAGCACAA